UGGCUUAUUUGCAAGUUGAGAAUUUUAUUUUUCUUUUGAAGUUUUCACAACCUCACCAACCAACGGCAUGUAAAAGAAUCGGCACCAAUCCAAACCAAAUCGCGAGAGCGGAAAAUUCGAGCAGAGGGAUCUGAGAACAGAAGCAAGGAAGCUCACAAACAAAUCUAGAGCUACAAUACAAUUUGUCUAUAUCAUGGCAAUAGAGCAGUUGCAGCACUGGUGAAAUAUAAUGGCAUUGCAAGUUUCUGGGAUUCACUUGUGCUUUUGUUUGUUCAUUAAUAUGCUAGCAACAGAUUAUUUAUGGAAGGGUUGGUGCAUUCACAAAUCGGUCCUGUUCGUAUUACUUGUAGACAAUACCGCUCUUGUCUCAUUCCGGCAUUUUCCCUACACUUGAAAAGUAACUUCAUUGGAGUUAGAAAUUUGUCCAUGAGACUUACUCAAGCCUUCAAUUCAGCUACUGCUUCUGUUCAACCUUUAGAUCCUGCCAAGGUGGACCACUUUGACAAUCGUCUUCCAUCCAAAGAGGUUCUUGAGCUCUGGAGAAGUGCUGAUGCAGUAUGCUUUGAUGUUGAUAGCACGGUAUGCCUGGAUGAGGGCAUUGAUGAACUUGCAGAGUACUGUGGAGCUGGAAAUGCCGUUGCAGAAUGGACAGCUAAAGCAAUGGGCGGUUCUGUUCCUUUCGAGGAGGCCUUGGCGGCAAGACUAUCCCUGUUCAAACCAUCUCUAUCUCAGGUCCAUGAUUUUCUUGAGAAGAGACCUCCAAAGCUUUCUCCUGGCAUAGAAGAGUUGAUCAAGAAGCUGAAGGCUAAGAAUACCAAUGUUUAUUUGAUAUCAGGAGGCUUUCGUCAAAUGAUAAAUCCUGUUGCAUCCAUACUUGGGAUUCCACCUGAAAAUAUAUUUGCCAAUCAAUUGCUCUUUGGAAAUUCCGGGGAGUUUUUGGGUUUUGAUGCAAAUGAGCCUACUUCAAGGAGUGGAGGAAAAGCAACAGCCGUGCAGCAAAUAAGGAAGGUUCAAGGAUACAAGUCUCUGGUCAUGAUUGGGGAUGGUGCAACUGAUCUUGAGGCUCGUAAACCAGGUGGUGCUGACAUGUUUAUUUGCUAUGCUGGUGUUCAACUUCGAGAGGCUGUAGCAGUAAAAGCUGAUUGGCUGGUCUUUCAUUUUACAGAUCUAAUAAAUUCCUUGGAUUAAGUGGUGAUCUUCUGAAUUAAAAUGUUGUUAUGUUUCUUCCUGGUUUCCCAUUUUAUUACCCAAGUAACCUUUAUCAGACAACCGCUCCUUUUUCUCACUUAUUGCAAUAGGUUAUAAUUAUUUGAGAAGAUCAAUAAAAUUUAGUCUGUGAUGUUCCUUUAAGGUGUUAUGAUCGAGAGUUUCUGGGGUGGGAACUGUAAUAGACACAAAAAGUGUGAAUUAAUAUUCUGUGUUUUCACGAAUUUGCAUUAUCCUGAAAUCUCCAGAAAGUUGGGACGAACUGAAGUGAAAGUUAUGAGAAGUACACUCAUCCUUAACUAGUGGAAAAGAUUUUUCUUUCUUCAA